GACACAUUCGAACCAAAAAAAAAACAGUCGACACAAACAGCUACACCAGCAGUAAUCCUCAGCCCACGUUUUCUAUCUUCCUUCAGCUAGUUUUCCAGGCUGACCACGCGAACAGCUACCAGAUCUUAGAAACCAAGCUGCUCUAUAUAUACCACCAACUUUUCUUCAUGGGUUCUAUUGAAAGCUCGGGAUCAGAGGUCGUCACCAUUGAUGUUCAAGCUGCCAAGGAUCUGCUCAAGUCUGGCUAUGGUUAUGUGGAUGUCAGGACGGUGGAGGAGUACAAGAAAGGGCAUGUGGAUACAGGGAAGAUUUUAAACAUACCUUACCUGUUCAAUACACCUGAAGGGAGGGUAAAAAAUCCCCAAUUUUUGCGGGAGGUUUCAUCUGCUUGCAACAAAGAGGACCUUCUUGUUGUGGGUUGUCAAAGUGGGGUCCGAUCUCUUUCUGCAACUGCUGAUCUUCGGACUGCUGGUUUCAAGCAAGUGAACAACAUGGGAGGAGGCUAUCGUGCUUGGUUAGAGCAUCAUUUUCCUGUUACUAAGCCAGAGGAUGCUGGCAAAAAAAAUCAAGAAGUUGACCAACGAAAGAAGGCAGAAGAUGAGCUCUAAUUUUUUACCUAGUCUUCUCUUCCAUAGUUAAGAAAAUCUGAACGAGAACGUAAUAAAUAUGUCCAGGUGUAGCGAGAGUAAUCAUCUACAAAUAAAACAUAAUAUAAAGCACCUCCCAUGGAGGAAAUUGGAGCUUUACCCCAAAUAUCAGAGUGCACAAGGUCAAAGGGAGCGGAAGAAGAUGUUCUAUGUAUAUAAUAGUAUAUACUUUGAUUAGAAAUCAAAUUAUGUACCUUGAUGAACGUCUAAGAUGAAUUUAUCAUAAAGAAGGGGAAUUAUGUCGUUGUUAUGAUUACUUAAA